CACACCACAACACAGCACAGCACGCCAUGGACGCGGCCCUCCACCACCUGCAGCCGCAGCAGCAGACUCGCCGGCACCGGGUUGCAGCCGUGAAGCCGCCGCGCCCGCCAGUGGCGCCUCUGGUGGUGGCCGCGGUAACCGCCGCAGCAGUGGCAUCCCUCCUCGCUCCUCCGUGUGCGGCCAUCACAAUCUCGCCUGUGCCUGUGCCCGGGGCGCCCCCGAAGGAGCCGCGCCAGAUGGUGGGCCGCGCGCGGUUCCUGCAGGGCGAGGAGGCGCGCCAGGUGCGCAGCGCCGCCAGCGCCGGGCCCAACCUGUACUCGCCGGCCGUGGUCAGCGGGCCGGCCGCCCAGCUGGAGAGGGUGCGCGCCCCCUACGACUACUACCCCAAGUACCACCCCUCGGCCGCGGGGUCGCCGCCGGGGGACGAGGACCGCCUCGACAGAGCGGACAACUGCCUGGACGGCAGAGGUGGCGGUGGGCACAGCCACGGUCCAUGGCGCCCUGGUGGCGGCGGCACCAGCAGCUGGGGCCACGGCUGGGGGCCGGCUGGAGGCGGCACCUGGUCUGGCGGGGGCGGCGCUGGGAGUGGCAGCUAUCCUGGUGGGGGCGGGCGCCCCCGUGCCGGGAGCGGAGGCUUCUCCGGUGGGACGCGGCCCGGCGCUGGCGGUGGGAGCUUUCCCCAUGCCGGCCACGCCGGCUUCCAUCCUGGGGGCGGCGGGGGCUGGUACAACCAGAGGCCCAGCUUCCACCCCAGCAGUAGCGGCGGCAGCUAUCCCAGCGGAGGCGGAGGCUCGUACCCUAGCGGUGGCGGCGGAGGCUACCCCAGUGGAGGCGGUCACUACCCAGCUCCAGGUGGAACCCACCACGGCGGGGCAGGUGCGCGACCUCACGGUGGUCGCUACCCCACAGGGCCCGUUUAUCCUAGUGGUGGUGGUGGUUAUCCCGGGUACCCUGGAUAUCCGAGUGGGGGUGGAAGCUACCCUAGUGGAGCGGGUCACGGCGGGUAUCCUAGUGGUGGUGGUGGUGGUGGUGGCGGUGGUGGCUACCCUAGCGGGGGUGCUGGCUACCCCAGCGCAGGCGGUGGCAGUGGAGGCUACCCCAGUGGCAGUGGGGGCUACCCCAGUGCUGGGGGCGGCUACUACCCAAGUGCUGGGGGCUGCAGUGGGCGGUGCCACCCCACUCACCCCACUGCAGGAACGGGAGGCAGCAGCGGACCACACCUCGGAGGGGGAACCGUCGGGUUUUAUGGAAGGCGGAAGAAGAGCCACUGGUCUAAGUAAAUGCACGACCUGCCUCUCUCAUACUCAGUUCCCAAUGUACUUUUAUCUGGACUCCAUUUCUGCAGCUAUUCUAAAAAGGGGCAAGGCAUCGCCAUUACCUGCCAAGUUCGGUGAGAAUUAAUCGUAUUUUAGCAUAAGAUCUAGCAUAGUUAGACCCAUAAAGACUGUAAUUUAUUUAGGCUUUUUGUUAAACAUUGUUAUUUGUAGUACGCACUCCACUGAUGCAUAUCGAAUAUAACAUCGACAUUUCUCGUUUCUUCACAGUUCGUUAGCUGACGGCAAGUGAUACAACGAACCCUAUUUGUAAGUUUUCUUACAUCACAAAUACCUAAUAUAAUGUUGAUAUACCUCAGCUGUCACCGUCAGGUUUCGGUCUACUGUUGAAGGCAAAGUUUAAUUCCUAAUUUACUUACGCGUUUUUAAUUUAUCCAUGUUUAGAUGUAAGACCGUUGGGGUACUCGACCUGAAAAAUGAAAUGGAUGUUAAACCACACACCAUACAAAAGCACUGAGUUGACGCCUUUCAAAAUAACGUAUCCUCCAUCAUUUGGAAACAUCUACACACAAGAAUCUUUGUUGCACGGAACACACAAACUCUCAUCCACGAUAAGUCUUAGCACGGAUGCACAUUUCUAAAUGCUGGAUACACAUUUCUAAAUCAUUCCAUGUAAUGAGGUCUUGUUUACAGAUGUUUCCGAUGGUGAAGGCUCGUUCCUUCGAAACACGUUAAAUUACUGCUUCUACAUCACGUGUGGGCCCUACAUUUUUCAAGGCACUUACGUCUGAAGUGUAAGGUUUUGCGAGUAACGUUCUAAUAUUCUUAUCUUGAUAAGAAAUUGUUACAGCAAAAUGAAAAUCUUAUAUUUACAACCACGUUUUUCUGAGAGUGUUCAAAUAUAACAGAGACUGCUAUGUUACCAUACGUUUCCGGUAGCGGUCUACAUAUAAUGACGCAAGAUGUCAACGACUUCGUAAUUUUUGCGUGGAAUUCAUUCGUUGUGUUUCUUCUGCCUUUACUGUAUUUUUCGUAUACAUAUACCCUAAAGAGGUGAGUUACAAAAUCGAGUUGCUCGAAGAUAAUUCCUCAUUUUUGAAGUUUACAAUAAUCUGUGUGUGUUUUCAUUGAUAAACGUCUAAAUUUCCUAACGUGCAAUGACAGAAGCUACUACGAACGUGAUCGUUCUUUAUUAUUGAACGCCAAUUGUAGCAACGACAGUGAUAAUUUUAUGUGAUCUCUUUUGAAAGUAUUUAUUUUAAAGACAAGAUUUUCGUCACACCCAGUAUGUCUAUGGACGCUGCGAGGCGGAAACAUGAAAGAGCUUCAAACAUAGUGUGAGAACUUUCUUUGAAUUACGACGUCUCUUACGUAAGACAGGCCUGGAGUGACUCACAUUGUCCACUGUUUGCGUAAUGGCGACUCCAGGUGCCUGUAUAAAAGCAAGCCAUGAGAGGGCAAGUCUAACUUGAAACCCGUAGAUGUAUUAAAACAGUCCGUGCAAUAUUUCUAAUGUAAUACUUACUUUUCUGCUUACUGAACAAUGUA